AUGCUGCCACCCGCGCUCUCCCGCCUCGGGCUGCUACUGCUGCUCCUCUUGUACCCAGCGCACGUCGGCGGACUGUGGUGGGCCGUGGGCAGUCCGUUGGUCAUGGACCCUACCAGCAUCUGCCGGAAGGCUCGGCGACUGGCGGGGCGGCAGGCGGAACUGUGCCAGGCGGAGCCAGAAGUGGUGGUUCAGCUGGCCCGGGGAGCCCGGCUGGGGGUACGAGAGUGCCAGUUCCAGUUCCGCUUCCGCCGCUGGAACUGCUCCAGCCACAGCAAGGCUUUCGGGCGCAUCCUGCAGCAGGACAUCCGGGAGACUGCCUUCGUGUUUGCUAUUACGGCGGCUGGCGCCAGCCACGCGGUCACACAAGCCUGCUCCAUGGGUGAGCUCUUGCAGUGUGGCUGCCAAGCGCCCCGUGGGCGCGUUCCACCUCGGCCCACCGGCCUGCUCGGCACCUCCGGGCCUCCGGUGUCCACAGGCGCCCCCGAAGGCAGCGCCGCCUGGGAGUGGGGAGGCUGCGGCGACGACGUGGACUUCGGGGAUGAGAAGUCGAGACUUUUUAUGGAUGCGCAGCACAAGCGGGGACGCGGAGACAUCCGUGCGCUUGUGCAACUGCACAACAACGAGGCUGGCCGGCUGGCGGUGCGGAGCCACACGCGCACCGAAUGCAAGUGCCACGGACUGUCCGGCUCCUGCGCGCUGCGCACCUGCUGGCAGAAGCUGCCCCCUUUCCGCGAAGUGGGCGCGCGGCUGCUGGAGCGCUUCCACGGCGCCUCUCGCGUCAUGGGCACCAACGACGGCAAGGCCCUGCUGCCAGCCGUGCGCACCCUCAAGCCGCCUGGUAGCGCCGACCUUCUCUACGCUGCCGACUCGCCCGACUUCUGUGCUCCCAACCGGCGCACUGGCUCCCCAGGCACACGUGGCCGCGCCUGUAACAGCAGCGCCCCGGACCUCAGCGGCUGCGACCUGUUGUGCUGCGGCCGCGGGCACCGCCAGGAGAGCGUGCAGCUCGAGGAGAACUGCUUGUGCCGCUUCCACUGGUGCUGUGUGGUUCAGUGCCACCGCUGCCGCGUGCGCAAAGAGCUCAGCCUCUGCCUUUGA